UGAAUGAAAUGUCGUUGGCAAUGCCGCAACCAGUUGUGUGGGUUGUGUUGUAUAUGCCGUCAGCCACUAUGUUAGAAGUAAUUUAACUUUUUCGCUUAUCAAGUCAAAAAUAAAAAGGUUGGAUGUGUUUAAUGUGUAAAUCCGAUGUAAACUAUCCCAAAUCGGAUCAAAAUGACAGCGAACAAUGCGCGAUUAUCAUAAUUUCCAGUAAAUUAUGAUUAAAAAUAUUGUGUUUUCUCAAAAUGGUGGGUGUUUGUUUUUGGGUUUCAUAUAUGGUCUUAUUAUUUAGUUCCUCAAGUUUUGCAAAGUCUAAGUGCGUGAAAGGCUGCUUUUGUUUAGACACUUCUAUUGAUUGCAAUUCAAAAGGUUUGGAAAGCAUACCGAACAAUAUACCCAUUUGGGCAACUUAUCUGGAAUUUAACCGAAACAAGUUGAGACAGAUCGAACCGCUAAACUUCCAAUCCUUGGAAAAAUUGACCACAUUAAAACUCAAACGAAACCAAAUAACUACCUUAAAAGAUGGCGCUUUUUAUGGUUUGAAGUUAAUUGAAAAACUAAUGUUAGACAGCAAUCAUAUAAAAGUCAUCUCAAAAAGUUGGCUUUACGGUUUGGAGUCUCUGAAGGACUUAUCAUUAAGUCACAAUGACAUUAUUCAAAUACACGAUGAUGCGUGGGAAUUUUGUCAUACGCUUAGCGUUCUUGAUCUCUCUUUUAAUAAAUUAGGAUCAAUUAAUGAAGACACUUUUAAAAACCUAGCUGGUUUACAAAAAUUAGCUUUAAAUAACAACAAUAUUACCUACAUUAAAGAUAAAGCCUUUAUACAUUUACCAAAGUUGAAAAUUUUAAACUUAAGUAAUAAUAAGAUCUCCUGGGCGAUAGAAGACGCCAGCGGAGUAUUUCAAGGGUUGACUGAUCUUGUUAGGUUCUAUAUAGCAGGGAAUAAUAUAAAAACAAUCAACGCCAAUGCUUUCUUAGGUUUAAGAAACUUGACUUUGAUAAAUUUAGCAAACAACAACAUUACAUCCAUUCAAAACAACGCCUUCAAUAAAGUGCCAUUAUUAAAGCAACUUAUUAUGAAUACGACAAGUCUAUUAUGUGAUUGUAACCUUAAGUGGUUUCUGGAAUGGUAUAGCCUUAAAGGAUUUAAACUGCAAGCAAUUUGUGCCUAUCCGGAAUGGUUAAGAGGCCAUUCCUUAGCCAGUGUGCCUCUCAAAAAUUUGACAUGUGAUGAAUUGCCUAAACCUAGAUUAGUCGAGGAACCCGAUUUGGAAAUAAUGGCCUUAAAGGGUGAAAAUGUCACUCUGAGUUGCAAAGCAAUGUCUAGCUCAAGCAGCAAUAUGAUGUUUGUAUGGAAGAAAGAUAACGUCGAACUGUCAAACUCGGAUGUCACUGUUAUGUCUAGAACUGACCCGGACGGUAAAUCGAUGGAGACUAGUUCCCAAUUAAAUUUGCCUCAUGUAGAUAACUCGCACGCUGGAAAAUAUCAGUGCGUGGUUAGCAAUAGUUACGGAACGACGUAUUCGCAGAAAUCCACUAUAUCCGUCUUGGUCUACCCGACGUUUUCGAAAAAACCCAAAAACGUGACCGUGCAAGCCGGUCAGAAAGCAAAAUUGGAAUGCGCCGCCACUGGCGAGCCCCAACCGGAAAUAGCCUGGCACAAAGACGGUGGUAAUGACUUCCCCGCCGCCAGAGAACGAAGAAUGCACGUCCCCAGCGACGACAUAUUUCUCAUAAUGGACACCAAACCUAGCGAUAUGGGGGUGUAUAGCUGCACCGCCCAUAACAUCGCCGGAACAGUAGUGGCCAACGUUUCAUUGACCAUCGAGGAAAAACCGUCAUUUGGUAAAGAAAUGGAAGACAAAGAAAUAACGGCAGGAGAAGAUCUGGUGCUUCAAUGCGUCGCCAGGGGUCUGCCUAAACCUACCAUCACGUGGCUAAAAGACGGCGAACCCAUAGUUCCUACCGAAAGACACUUCUUCACCGCCGAAAAUCAGUUAGUUAUUAUCGUCGAUUCGAUCCAAAACGAUUCUGGUGUCUACGAAUGCCGAUUGAAUAAUUCCCUGGGUGACGAAAGCGGCAUCAGCAAGAUCGUCAUUAAACCAAGCGCGUCCAUAGGCGAGAUCAUCUCGGAAGCGUUUGAUACGACCAAUAUGAUGGGAAUAAUCAUAAUAACGGUCGUAUCGUGCGCCAUAUUGACGUCGAUAAUAUGGGUAGUGAUAAUCUAUCAAACGCGUAGACGCAUGGUAGUUCCGCCGGUAGGCAACGAACUACCGGAACUCAUCGACAAAGGUCACACCCAUCAAGAGUUGGGAAUUCACUGUCCCGACAAUUUAUCCGAUCAUUCGUCAUGUAAAGAUAGCGGAACCGGUGAUUCGGCGAAAAGAAGCAACGAUGAUUUGGUGCCGGAAGAAUUUUUGAUGAUCGCCAGCGGAGAUGCGGUAAUGAAUUCAUCCCAUAUACCCUUAUUGCACUAUCCUAGGUCCACGAAUCACGAUCGGGUAGGUGGGGAAGCUGAAACGUCUAUGGCAGCUACAGCGAGAGAUGUUUAAAGCUUUAAUUCGUAUUUUUAGUCGACAUACAUAUUUUUUUCUUGCGUUACUUACAUUUCGAUCGCGCAUUUCCUCAAAAUCGGCUCUCUACAACCGAUAGUUCGGCAACAUAGUUGCGGGCAAAAAUGUGAGCAGCGCAAUUUGUAUUAUGGUACAAGCCUUGUAUAUAGUUAUUCUUUAGUUCCUUUAUUAGUCGCUAAGUUUGACUGUUUCUUGGGGCAUGUAACGUUUUAUUUGACUCGUUUUCUUUUUCGUACCUUGUGAUAUUAUUUUUUAAAGAAAGGUAUUAAUGAUUUUCAUUUACCUUAUUAACUAUUCUGAAUUACAUUCAAACUAACGUCCCCUUGUUAUUUAUUAAUGCUACAAAAGCAGCCGGACCAGUGUAGAAAAAGAAAAGUAUUAUUUUUCCCUUUAGUUUGUGUAAUUCAGGACCCCGGAAGUCAUACUGCCCAACUGUACAAGUAGAAAUGUAAUUCCUUUACUUUAUACGACCCGUUUUUUUUUUUUUUUGUGUAACUAUUGUAGCGCAUGUGCUUGAAUGUGAGUUUUAUUUAUUUAAAAAUUGUAUGCCCGUCCCGGUAUGUGUGUA